GGUAUGAAUAGCUUUAACAGCGACAACAGUUGCAGCUUCCACUGUGGAAGGAAUGCGACGAGAGGAGCAGCAACACCCAGCUAGCAGUGAAAGAAGGAACUGUUUUUUCAUGCCCGAGUCCUGCGUCUUGUUUGCCGCUCUGCUUCCCGGGAGAAGCGGACGAGGAGGCCAGCUACGGCGGUUUAGUCUCUGAAAUGCAACGGUGCACUUUAUCCACGCUGAGAGUUAUUUAGCUAACGACGGGAGUAAGUUAGCCUUGCAGUGGUCUAUGCUAGUGUGUUAACGUUAGCUGGGUGGGCAAUGCUGGCGGAGUCAUAAAAGUUCAUAUCCUUGCACCACUUCGAUUCUCUUCAUCUCAGUCCGAAGAAGCGUUGGAUUGUUUUUGUCAGUGUCCUCCCAGCUCGCCUCUUUCCUGCCCUGACAGCUCCCUCCACCCGCUGACUUGAGCUGAGGGGUGACAACUCUGAAUAUGGCGAGUGUUUCAGAUAGAGACUACAAACCUGGCACGUUUAAGUCAUUGGACUGGCACCUUGCCCAGCUAGUGUACCCAAGAUAAACACUGGAUAAAUUGGACAAUUCAUGUAAUGGCCAAGGAGAGUGACGGUUUUAUCUUUAUGUCUCUCUACACGGUUGCUCUCAGAGUUGCAGAGCAAUGGGCUACCCCUGCUGAAGCCAUCUUCUUAAGUUAAUAAAUACCUGCCUCUGUCGAAGCUCAACAAAUAACUACUGCUAGACAUGAACUUCCGCUGGAUGUGAAGACUGUCUGGGAAUCUCAAACGCCACAUCUGUCCCCAGGUCGGACAGUUCAUCUGCUCCCUGCCGCUGGGCCCCAGAGCUUGUUUGAGGGCCAACAUGUCAAUGUCAGGGUCCACGACCGUGCAGCUUUUCGCCAAGCUUGUCAAGCAUGCUGUGGGGAAGGCGCAGAUUCAGCUAAACCGCUGGCUGCAGAGGACCGCCACGGAUGAGUGUGACAAAAUUGACAUCCUGAUAUGCAGCGCCUUUGAUGAGGCAGGGGCCGGCAUAGGGAAGUCAGAUGAAGACCCCGAGGUCAUUGGUGCCACAGGGGGGAUGACCUUCAGCAGCAGUGGAGAGUUCAGGCACCCAUGCUGUAUCACCACCUUCUGCUUCAAGAGCGCCCUGCUGGCGUGCAUCCUGACUGCUGUGUGCUUCUCCUCGGUUGCCCUCGUGCGCCAGUACCUCAAGGACCUCCUGCUUUGGGUGGAGAGCUUGGACAGCCUCGUCGGAGCCCUGCUGUUUAUAGUCGGUUUGAUUAUCGUGUCGUUCCCAUGUGGAUGGGGAUAUAUUGUUCUUAAUGUGGCAGCUGGCUACCUCUACGGCUUUGUGCUGGGCAUGGGACUUGUUAUGGUGGGGGUUUUAAUAGGGACCUUCGUGGCACACCUGGUGUGCAAGCGACUAUUGACUGACUGGGUGUUGAACAAGGUCGGGAACAGUGAACAGCUCAGUGCUGUCAUACGAGUGGUGGAGGGAGGAAGUGGACUCAAAGUUGUGGCCUUAGCGAGACUCACCCCCAUACCUUUUGGGCUCCAAAAUGCAGUUUUCUCGAUCACAGAUGUGUCCUUGCCAAACUACCUGGUGGCCUCCUCGGUGGGUCUGUUGCCCACUCAGCUUCUCAACUCCUACCUGGGCACCACGCUUCGCACCAUGGAGGACGUCAUCGCUGAGCAGAGCGUCAGCGGCUACUUUGUGUUCAGCCUGCAGAUCGUCAUCAGCAUCGGCCUGAUGUUCUACGUCGUGCACCGUGCUCAGGUAGAGCUCAACGCAGCCAUCGCCGCCUGCCAGAUGGAGCUGAAGUCGUCACACAUGAACGGCUCCUCCACCAAUCACGGCGGCUUCACCUACUGCAGCAAGAGGGCAACCGCUGGCGGCGGGAACUGCAUUAACGUGGUGUGAGCCACCAAUUGACACGAGGCAGCGAGCUCGUACGACUCGGCCACCCAAUUGUGCGACUGCGGAGCUUGAGGAAACCCGCUGAGUUUAGACGGCGUCUGAAACAUGGUGGCGGUGGGGUUUGUAAUUUUCAACAUUGAAUUCUGACCACCCUGAAGCGUAUGUCGUUAGUCGAUGUGGUGUUUUACAAGUGUGGGACCAUGCACCUUUGAAGGAAAGGCUGCUGAUGGAGACGGUUUAGCGAUACGUCAUGUUGGGAGGUUUUCUUUUAGUUUUUUCUAAAUUAUUUUCAUUAAGGUACUUAACAUUUACUCUGAUACAGGGGAUGUCAAUGAAAUAAUGAUGUUUAGAGAUUAUCAGAGGUGGCUGAGUGAGUGAGUGAGCGAGUGAGUCAUUAAAAAGAAUAGCUUGGCAUUAACUGCCUGCUAACACUAUGAAUGUGCAAACUGGAGCUUUCUAGAGAACCAAGGAAUUGUUUUUUUCCGUUUCAGUGUCAAAAGAAUGCCAACCUAUGCACCUUUCUUUCAUUCUACAUCUGUUUUUUAUUUUAAGGGAUUUUAUGAUUUGUCUUCAUCCAAUGCUAAUUCACAGUGCAAAUAAUAAGGGCAUUAUUAGUAUCUUUGAAAGAUUUGGCAGUUUAGUCCAGUUCAUUUGUGAUGAAGUGUCUUAUUUUUGGACUACGGAGAGAGGUUCAUUACCGGCCUCCCUGACCGUGAGAUUUCUGCUGGCUUGCGACCACGUCAGCUGAAUUGGCCUUGUCUGCCCGGAGAUCAUUUUAGCACUUCUGCAGUUUUGAUAAGAGCAGCUGGAGAGGAGAGCAGAUUUCACAGCGGGAGACUCGGGAAUGUUUCUGCCAGGAAAGCUGAAGUGCAGCGUGACUCCUCGGUAGCACAGCCACAUGUUCUGCCGCAGAAAGAUUCCCACAGCGGACUGAAACUGAGAUGUUAAGCUUUCCCGCCAAUGUUCAGAAUUAACUUUGAUUUUACAUUUGUUUUUGUAUCACAGUUUUAUUUGACCGUAAGAUUAUCCGGUAGGAUUAUUACAUAGGUUUUGCUUAAAAUCAUAGUUCUGGCAAUUCUGUGCAAUACGAAGAAUGGUGACAAAAUGGCAUGAAUGUCAUAUUUCAGUGCUGAAACCAAACUAAUCAGAAAUGCGCUCACGCAUACAAUAUAACACAAACCUAAGUCUGUGUUUAUUUAAGGUUUGACUUAAAAUAUAGACGAGUAAGCUAGACGAAGAGGCUGUCAUUUUUUAUGUGCCAUAAUUUGAUAAAGCUGAUCAGACGCCAUGACACUGGCCCCACCUGAGCUGAGGCUACACAUGACUGAUGAUUUUUUUUUUAAUACUUAAUGUUUCUGGUAAUUAUAGAAAUGAUCUGUGAAGAGUUUUUGUGUUUUAGCUCUUAGUAAUAUGACAACAAAGCUCUCAUGCUGUAGGUUCUUUUGCACAGUCGCAACAACAGACAAGCAUUAUUUUCAUACAGACGUUAAGAAGGGGUUUGGUUGAUCAAAAGUUUAAACUGAUGUGUCUCACAAGCCGACAAUCAAACACAACAUGGACACUAAGUGAUGAAUGUGAUAAUACUUUUUAUUUUUACAUGAAUUAUUGUGAUGCUGCUCCUCAGACAAAGUCUGAUUGAGGAAUAAUAAGGGCUCCUAUAUGAAAUAUCCAUCUUUAUGUCCCUGUAUUUGGUCACAAAAGCCUGUUUUGUAAUGCUGGCACAACCUUUUGUUUUAUCAAUUCCAUUUUUGUACUACUGUUGUUUUUUCUUUCUUUCUUUUUGGUCUUCAAAGCCAGAUUUAAUGUUCUCCCAAACACAUUCCAUGCUGUCAGUCCUCUGAAGGCUGUAGAGUUAUUUUCAUGGUAAAUGUUGGUUGAAAGGGCCCCUUCCUGUCUGAAUUUAGCAAUAAUGUUUGAAA